AUAAAAACCCUCCAUGCUUUUUUCAUCUUCCCAGCGACAUCCCCUCCUGAUUAUCUUUUCCACUCUUCUCCCCCUUCAACGUCCACCAUGGCAAGUGUCGAGGAAAUUAUUAUGGGUGACUUCGUGGCUGUCAACCAUGACCGUUACGGCCGCAGAGAAGGAAUGGUAGUGGGCUCCUACGUUGACUAUGCUGGUCGAACCAUUCUCGAGGUUCAGCUCGAACCAAAUGAAGUUUACGCUGCCUGGUACCCCACCGUCACCCGCGUCAAGCGCACCGUGUCAUACGCCACCCGUCCUACCAUAAAACAAAGAACUGUCGAGCGCAGAAUUUAUUGGUGAAGCGCCCUAGGGUCUUCGUCUGUUCUUUCUUUAUUGCUUGGAUAUCAUUUUUUGUGUUGGAUAACCUUUAUACUUCCCUCGAGGGCCAUUGCCCGCCGAGUCCAUCAGGACUCAUUACUUGGUGGACGACGUUGAUCGUGGACGUUCACUAUUGCACAAGAUGUACGAAUGGGAGCAAAGUUUGCUUGGUUUUACUGGGACUGGGGAGUGGUGCUAGAUCUGUUUGAGUAGCAGAAACUUUUUGUAUCACGCUUCUUGCAUGUCUUGUCACGAUAGGAAAUGCAAUGAUUGCUCUGCACUAUCCACU